UGAUAACGAGUCUGAAAUCCGGUCUGACAUAAUUUUGACGGCGAAAGAGUCUGGCUGGAGUUGGUAGAAUUAAUUACUGAAAUCCUUGGGAAGUACAAAAAAUCAAUAACCACUUCAAUAACGCUGUCUCCCUGUCCGCCCAAUACUUCAUAAUUUCCGCAGAAUUACGCUUUAUCUAUCACUCAUCAUCUGGACGGCAAAAUCGAUCCGCCUGUUUGGAAAAUUACCAUUCAAGUUCAACCCACAACACUUCGACUUCGCUUGAGGUUCUGGGAUUGCGGCAAUGAGCUUCAGAGACGACAACGAAGAUGGGAGGGAUCUUAGGAAGCCCUUCCUCCAAACUGGAAGCUGGUACAGGAUGGGCUCGAGGCAGUCCAGCAUCAUGGGCUCCUCAUCUCAGGCCAUACGAGAUGGCUCUAUCUCUGUUCUCUUUUGCGUCCUCAUCGCCGCCUUGGGUCCUAUUCAAUUUGGUUUUACGUGUGGGUACUCUUCUCCUACUCAAGAGAGCAUAACCAGCGAUCUGAAACUCUCAGUUUCGGAGUUUUCUCUGUUCGGGUCUUUAUCAAACGUGGGAGCGAUGGUGGGAGCAAUAACCAGCGGUCAAAUGUCGGAGUACAUAGGGCGUAAAGGGUCACUAAUGGUUGCCGCAGUCCCUAACAUAAUAGGAUGGCUUGCCAUUUCUUUCGCCAAAGACUCAUCUUUUUUAUUCAUGGGGCGCUUAUUGGAAGGAUUUGGCGUUGGGAUAAUUUCUUACGUGGUGCCUGUUUAUAUUGCUGAGAUAUCACCUCAAAACAUGAGAGGCGGCCUCGGAUCCGUGAAUCAGCUCUCCGUUACAAUUGGAAUACUGCUGGCUUAUCUGCUGGGCCUUUUUGUCAACUGGAGAGUGCUUGCAGUUCUAGGAGUUCUACCAUGUACAGUGCUAAUUCCUGGGUUAUUCUUUAUACCAGAAUCUCCUAGAUGGCUGGCCAAGAUGGGAAUGACAGAAGAGUUUGAGACUUCAUUGCAAGUUUUACGAGGAUUUGACACUGAUAUUUCUGUUGAAGUACAUGAAAUCAAGAGAUCUGUGGCAUCAACAGGAAAACGAACUACCAUUCGAUUCGCAGAUCUUAAGAGAAAAAGAUAUUGGUUUCCUUUGAUGGUAGGAAUUGGAUUGCUUGUGCUCCAGCAAAUCAGUGGUAUUAAUGGAGUUUUGUUCUAUUCAAGCACCAUCUUUUCGGAUGCAGGAAUUUCAUCCAGCAAGGCUGCUACAGUAGGUCUUGGAGCUUGUCAGGUUUUUGUGACUGCAAUCGCAACUUGGUUGGUGGACAAAACUGGCCGGAGGGUUCUCUUAAUAAUAUCCUCCUCUUUAAUGACAUUUAGCCUCGUCCUUGUUGCUGUAGCGUUCUAUUGGGAGGGAGUCGUAUCAAAGGAUUCUCAUCUAUACAGCAUUUUGGGAAUAAUCUCUGUGGUUGGGCUCGUGGCAAUGGUGGCUGGCUUCUCUCUAGGACUUGGACCAAUUCCUUGGCUUAUAAUGUCUGAGAUACUUCCAGUGAAUAUAAAAGGCCUAGCUGGCAGUGUAGCCACCUUGUUGAAUUGGUUUACUUCUUGGGCAAUCACAAUGAGUGCAAACUUGCUUUUAUCUUGGAGCAGUGGAGGAACAUUCACAAUCUACGCGGUAAGUAUCUGCCUUCACCAUUGUUUUUGUAGCAAUUUGGGUCCCUGAGACAAAAGGAAGAACUUUGGAAGAAAUUCAGGCAUCCUUUCGAUGAUUUGGUUUGAAGAGCACUUGUUCAAAUGAACCGAUAUACCAGAUAUCUAAGUUGUUUAAUUAAUUAAACUACUAUGUAAUAGUUUCUGUAUUAAUUUUUUACUGCAUGAGUUGAGUUAGAUCUAAAUUCAAAGUAUACGUAUCACUUUUUGGUUGGCAAAUAAAGAAAGCAAUCUGUUGAGAUCAUUAAUUGCUGACAUUCAACUUUUAU